GUCCGUCAAAGUCUUGGUGGUCUGACCCCUCCUCUCAGUCCGGCAGCUAUAGCGGUGGCAAUGCCCGCUGGGUCUUCAAGUGUCGGCCAACCUCUGUAGAGCUAGUCGGCUCUCAGAUGGUCAGGUAAACCACGUUGUCGAUGACUCGAGUGUGUCCCACGUCAGCCAUAGCCCGUCCCGGCCACACACGCAUGCUGGUGUAUGGUGGCGGGUAGGUCCCAGGUCGGCGGAAUUCUCUGUUUUCUGAAACGCGCAACUCGGAGGACCAAGAUGCAAUCAAGAUGGUCCCCUGUUUCAAGCAACCCUCCCAAGCCUUGCCUCCCCAAGAUCUCUCAGGCAUUACCUCGUAUUGGGCGGCUGACGACGCUGGAGACCGAGGCGUGCAUGAAUAGCCUCGUGGCUGGACAACGUUGAUCGGCCAAUCUUUCGUGAGAGUUGAGGCUCGGACUUCGUGUUCGGCUGACUGUUGUUGGAUGGAUUAAGGGGCGCUGUGGACUCGCUGGUUUGCCCAUAAGUAUGGACGACCAUCGCUUCCCGAACACAUGAAACGCGGCAAGUUACCAGUUGUUCGGAUAAUCAAUCAGCUGCACAGUUGUCGAGUUAUCUGAUCUGCAACUUUUAUUCUCUGCAUUCGUUCCUUCUGUCCUCAUCGCAUAAGUUGUCGGCCAGUUUCUCCUUGCGAAUAUCAAUAUAUCAAAAUGCAGUUCUCCCAGAUCCUCUUCGUCCUCUUUCCGGUCGUCGUCCUGGCAGCACCGUUCCAGGCCUUCAAGAUCCCGACAUUGGACCCUAACACCGUUGCGCCAAUUGUUCCCGCCAUCGAACGACGAGUCCCUCAGGCUGCGGACACUUGCGACGAAUAAAGACAUCAUGAAGGAGUGACACCGAGCAAGCGGGGCAAUCGACAAACAUCUACCCAGCAAGUCUUAUGUGGAAGAAACACAGACGUUGGCCAGCUAUGCGUCGGACUCGGUGUUGCAAGGUUGGCUUGCGAUGCGCAAAGAUAUACCCCCUUUCACAGGCCUACUUAUCAGGUCUAGGCGGAGGACUGCUCUGGGCGGGCUCCCAGUGUUCACGGAGAUGCAGCCUGGGUUCCGAUCCUCACCAGCCGCACCCCUUUUUCUCAUUACGGCUGGAGAGGAUGGGGGGGACUCGGGCCUUCGAGAGCUCGCUUAGCGGAAAGAACGGGAAGCGGAAAAUCAUCUGGGAAUAUUAUUGUUAUUGUACCUAUCUCUGGAGGCGGUCUGUAUGGGAAAAUACACGUGAUUUCGCUCCUCC